CGGCGGCGGCGGCGGCAACAGCAAAACCAUGCUCAAUCGCUUGUUUUAGGUGCGGGUAACAACCUACCUUACCUGGGCCUGGGCGCAAAAACAGAACCAAACAAAUCAAAUGCGUUCGCAGCUUCAGCAGUUGCUUUUGGAAGUUGGUACGUAUCGGUCAAGCUGGUCGCUCCUUAACGAUCCAUUCAUUGUGAUCUCUAUUCUGGGUUUGGAGCACGCGUUGUUCUGUGUUGUGAUUUCCCAGCGAUCUCGCGGAAUAUUCGUUCAGAUAGACUGUCGCAAUCAUGCUGUUCGGUCAUCGAUCUGUUUGAUCACUUCAUUUCAGGCUAGAACAGCUUCAAGCUAUUAAUAUAGAGAAACCUGACGUAAUCGAGUUCGCGGUGGCACGCAAGGUAGCAGCUUAUCUACGCCUCUCGGUUAACAACUUCCGAAGUGAAUGUGUUUUUUGGUGUGUUUUCGGUUGGCGUGCAAGAGAAGCUUACAGGCUGUGCAAUAGAUAGUGAAAGGUUGCACUUGUGGGAAUCUCGGAGAGACGAGCCGGUUCCAUGUGAGUGUGAAGGUAAUUGAAUCCAGUUUCGUUGAACCAAACUGCAACGGAUCGAUGCUUGUGGCCCUCGAUACUCUCAGCUAGCAGUUUUGCAUUCGGCGGCGAAGUGCAGUGUAGUGUGUACAAUUCAGAUCAAUUUGAACAUCUAGAUCAAGGAGUUCAACCGUAAGAGUGUUCAUUAAAUUCAAGUGCGAGGUUGGGCUUCAGCGCUAGGAAAUUGAAGUUCUAAUUGUGCACCUAUUAUCAAGUGAUUGCAAUAUUUUCAAAAAAAAAUGGAGGUCGCCUGGCGGUUUAGGAUCAUUUUUGCGAUGGCAUUUGCGGUGAUCAUAUUUGGCGAUUUGCUCGGCUAUGGGGGCGCAAAAAAAGAUCCAAAAGAUAAGUCACUGCUAUCGGGGCUAUCGACCGGUUUCGGAAGCGUGAGCGGUCACAUGGAUGGCACCGCGAGGUCCAGCCGAGAGAAUGAAAUCACAUCCGCCGACAGAGAAACACCCCUUGCCCCUCAGUCGUACACAAGCGGAAGCAGCAGCAGUAGUAGCGGUAACAGCGAGAGUGAUAACAAGCUGUCGUCGACCAGCGAUGGCCAGGCGGCAGAUCUGGCGCUUCACAAGGAACGACUGAAGAACUCACUGCGGGAGGCAUGCCUGCCGAAGCUGCUGUGCGAGAUGGCAGCGAAACCCAACUACUCGCUCAACGUGCGCGAAAGGGACCUGCUCUCACUGAUACGGUCCACCACGCUAUCACUGACGAUGGCAGUUAGCCCAACCAAAUGGCACUUUGCGGCGCACAUGGGUCAACUGUUGCGAGACGCCGGAGACAGUUUGGUUACCCCGAUGGGCUGCUCGCACCUGUGGCCAAGCUGCCCGUACAGUUCGAAAAAGUUGCUCAAACUCACCAAUGUGGUCCAGCUUAAAUGAGGCUGGACGGAGACGCCGGCGGAAGUCAGAGGAAGACACACUGUGGGGCAGCAAUACCGCGAAUGAGAUUUCUUCUUGUUCUUCGAGCUUCCGUAUUCGUAGCACACUUCGGAGAGGUCAUCGCAUCGGCAUUACGGCAUUACAGUCAUCAUCCAGAUUGGAGCCAUACAUCACCCGACGACGAUGCUAUCCUCAUUCAAAGUGCAGAUUAGGGCGGUUCAUAUUAUAUUGUUUUGUUUCAAAUUACGAACAUGACUCAUAUUCCAAGAACUCUUCUAUUUUAUAAUGAUUUUUCAAGAAAACUACUUAAAUUUCUUCACAGAAUGAUCAAUUGUGCUAUAAUCCAAGUCCUCUACAUUUAAAAUUAGUGAAAAUAUCAAUUCCUACAUUUGAUAUAGCUACUGUUCAAAAUAUGAGUCUUGUUCGGAUUUC